ACAUCAUCAAUUCACCAUGGCAUUAUUUUGAAUUUAAAUUUUUGUUUGAGCUAUCAAUUUUAAUAACUUUUUAUUAUAGUUUGUAUGUCGAUUAAAAUUAUAUUUAUCACUGAAUGUUAUGAAGUAUAUACUGUAAUUACAAGCUAUAACAAUGUUCUAUCACAUAUCAUUAGAACAUGAAAUACUUCUUCACCCUCGAUAUUUUGGACCACAAUUGUUAGAUACUGUGAAACAAAAACUGUAUACUGAAGUUGAGGGCACUUGUACAGGCAAAUAUGGAUUUGUUAUAGCAGUAACAACAAUAGAUAGUAUUGGUGCAGGGCUUAUACAACCUGGACAGGGGUUUGUGGUGUAUCCCGUCAAGUAUAAGGCAAUAGUAUUCAGGCCAUUUAAGGGUGAAGUGCUUGAUGCUAUUGUGACUCAAGUAAACAAGGUGGGAAUGUUUGCUCAGAUUGGACCUCUGAGUUGUUUUAUUUCACAUCAUUCAAUACCUGCCGAUAUGGAGUUUUGCCCCAACGUAAAUCCCCCGUGCUAUAAGAGUAAACAGGAAGAUAAUGUUAUCCAGGAAGAAGAUGUCAUUAGGUUAAAAAUAGUUGGUACUAGGGUCGAUGCCACUGGAAUUUUCGCGAUUGGAACUUUGAUGGACGACUACUUAGGAUUAGUUACUCAGUAAUAAUAUUAAUAAUUUAUGAAAUAAGUAAAUAUAAAUGUACAAAAGGAAAUGUAAAAUAAAUAACACGUUUAUU